AUGUCCCUGGUGGAGACGAUCCGGCUGUGGCAAGAAGGGGUGUGUGCAGCAGACAGGAAGGAGUGGAGGGCAGCCCUGGAAGCUUUCACAGCUGUCCAGAACCCUCCUGCCAAAAUCUGCUUUAACAUCGGCUGCAUGCACCUUGUUCUGGGGAGCCUGGCUGAGGCAGAGGAGGCUUUCACCCGGAGCAUUGGCUGUGACAAGCAUCUGGCCGUGGCUUAUUUCCAGCGGGCAACCGUGUUUUACCGGAGGCAGAACCAUGAAAAGGCCAUUGAAGACUUUAAAGAAGCACUGGCCCAGCUGCGAGGCAACCAGCUCAUCGACUACAAGAUCCUGGGCUUGCGGUACAGGCUCUUUGCUUGUGAGAUACUCUACAACAUUGCACUGGUGUAUGCCAUGAUGGAGGACUGGAAGAGAGCUGAGGAGCACCUGACACUGGCCAUGAACUUGAAGAGCGAGCCACAGCACAACAAGAUUGACAGGGCAAUGGAAGCCAUCCUGAAGCAGAAAGUCUGUGAGCUGGUGGCCAUUCCUGUGGGAAAGCUGUUUAGACCAAAUGAAAAGCAAGUGGCUCAGCUGGAGAAGAAGGACUACCUGGGAAAAGCUACGGUGGUGGCAUCCGUGGUGGAAAAGGAUGACUUCUCAGGCUUUGCUCCACUCCAACCACCGGCCUCUGGUCCUCCCCCCAGGCCCAAGACUCCAGAAAUCCUCAGGGCACUCCAAGGGCAGCCGCACCGUGUCCUGUUCGAGUUCAUCCCUGAGACUGCCGAAGAGCUGCAGGUCCUGCCAGGAAACAUUGUCUUUGUCCUGAAGAAAGAGAAGGACAACUGGGCUACAGUGAUGUUCAAUGGAAAGAAAGGGAUCGUCCCCUGCAACUUCCUCGAGCCUGUGGAGCUCCAGAACAAGCUGCAUGUUCAGGAAGAAGCCUCUCUUGAAGCAGAGAUCCCAGAGUCUCCCAGCUCUGCCACUCCAGAGAAGCCACGGCGGCCGGCACCAGACUAUGUUCCUGCUACUGUGACGAAGCUGAGAGACACAGCAAAGGAGGCUGAAGCCACCACUGCCAGCCCCCAUGUCCUCAAGGUGCACUACAAAUACACAGUGGCCCUGCAAGUCAAGCCAGACGUCUCUUACACAGAGCUCCUGGAGAAGGUUUGCAAGAAACUGGAGCUCCAACCUGAGCACACACAGCUAAGGUACAAAUCUGUGGAGAGCCAAGCGCUGGUGACUCUGAGCACAGAGAACCUGGAGGUGGCUUGGAGCCAAAGCAAGGGCAACUGUCUGACAGUCUGGUGUGACAGCACAGAGGGAGAGGGGUUUUUACUGGACAGCAAACCAGAAGAGUCACUGCAGGAGACAAUGCCAGAGGAGAUGGGACAAACCCAAGUUAUAGCACAGUACAAUUAUGAAGCCACUCAACCUGAAGACCUGGAGUUUCAGGCAGGAGAUGUGAUACUUGUUUUAUCCAAAGUGAACGAAGACUGGUUAGAAGGCCAAUGCAAUGGGAAGAUAGGCAUCUUCCCAUCUGCUUUUGUUCAAAGGUCUAACACUAAAGACCUCGAGAUGUGA